UCUUUAUCUUUCAUUUCCACUUUGUUCUCGUUCUGCGCCUGCGUCUGUGCUUGGUCGCAUAAAUAAAAGAAAGAAAAAGAGAAUUCUGUGAUUUAAAAUUUGUAUUUUACAUUUUACCACCGGGCUAAACAUGUCGAAUAAAGCAUAUCUAGUGUGUUUCCUGGUGAUAGCUUCCACUUGUCUGAUUUCGACAGCUCAUGGAUCGCGCAACUCACGUCGCGGUUAUCAGCGUAAUCCACCAACAACAGAGCCCCCCACCACUCCACCACCCCCGCAGACGCCGAAGGAGUUUUUGGAUAGUAAGGCUGGUAUAUCCACAUUUGGCAUUAUAUUAAUUAUCUUCACGAUAAUUGUGCUCUGCUUGAUAUUCUAUUAUGGCAUCAUUUGCUAUCCUCUGCUCUGUCGAGAUGAGAAAAAGUAUCGAUUUAUGGAUGUAUCCUCGACCAUAACGGCGGCCACCUCGCGAUCCAUACAAUCCAUAGAGAAUUAUCCUGUCGACCAGAAGCAUCAUCAUCACCAUCAUCAUCAACUUGCCUGAUUACAGGUCUUCAGAAGCGAAAAAAGACUUAACAACAACAAAACAAAAAAACAAUUCAAAAAAAUGCAUAAAUAAUUAGUGUAACUAGUGUUUAAACACGGUGGAAAGUGCAUUCUUUAACAAUCAUUGUACAUUAGAAUCAUUUUUCCUUGAACAAGCGCAACAAGUUGGCUUCCACCCCCCUCUCUCGCUCACUCUCCCUAUCGGGCCCUUCGUUUUUUAUGGUUUUCUUUGUCCGUUUUUUUUGCUGCAGGUAGAAAAUGUUUGCUGCUGCCAACACCACCAACAUUAUCAUCAUCAUCAUGAAGACAAAGCCAAAAUGUAUGGCAAUUGAGUCACGUUUCUUUUGAAACCUUUAUAUACAGUAUAUAUGACCAUAUACAAGACGAGUAUAUGUAUAUGUGUUUGUGGUGUGUGUGUGUGAUUUAAAAUUUGAACCUUAAUUUGCAUUUAAAAAGCAAUCUCGGUUUGUUUUUUUUUUGCCCCAUUUUUGCUCACAGGUUGUACUUAAAUUACUUUUGAAACCAAGUACUUAUGUUUAUAUUUAGUUUUUAUAUAAUUAAUUUACUAUUUAAGUGCCGAUCUGCCGCCACUAAUUAUUAAAGAAUUUAUAAAAUUUUGCAUUUAGAGUACAUAAUAUUAUACAAAAUGUAUGUAUUGAAAACAAAGCAAAUAACAAAAGCAACAAAACAAAUGUGUCAAACGAACGUUUUUAGACGUUCUUCUAGUUUAAGUUACCUUUUUAUACAAAUUUUUGAACCUUUUUAAUGCAAAUUUUUACAAAAAAAAGAAAAAUUAAAUAAAACAAAAAUUUUGUUUCUUUUACGGUA